AUGGACAUCAAGCUGCAUAAUAUGGAUAUGUUGUCGGAUCGUAUCAGUCUCCAGUUCGUGGGCUUUGAGCGCGAUCUCGAAAUUGUCCGCCAUGGUGUUCGCCACCUGAUAGGGGAGACGCAGCAGGCGGGCGAGGCGUUGGCAGACAGCGUACGGGAAUCUGUCGUGGCUCACGAAAGACAGGUCGCAGUAGCUCAGGCAACGAACGACGUCGUCAACGCCCUCAACGGCCUUGUGGACAAAGCGCAUAUAGAGAUGGAAAAUAUCAACGGCACCGCCAGUGCGAUGAAGGAGUCACUCCUCAAGGACAUCUCCGGUGGCUGGGGCGUCUUCACUUGGUCCUGGCUGGAGGCAGCGUCCGUCUACUCCGUGAAGUCCUUGUGGAACGCCGAUGUGACCCUGGAUAUGCCUGCCUUCCGCGCUCUCUUCGUGUUCUCUCGCAUGCUCUGGUCGCUUCUUGGCCUUGCAUCUUCCGGACUGAUGGUCAGCACCGUGGAGAAGACUACGCCGGCGAAGACCCUCUCCGUGUGCUCUCUAACGCUCACUCACCUCGAGUGA